GCUGCAGCAGCGGGGCGAGCGCACAGUCCGAACCAGCCGGAUCGGACCCAGCAGCGCACAGCCGGAGACGCAAAAAAUGCGCACCCCGGGCUGGGAGGAGCCUCACGGCUUUUCUCCCACACUUGUUCCGAGCCGCUCCGGAGUGAAGACCCGCUCUCCAAAGAAGAAAAGGCGGCGCGAGGUGUUAGUAGCAUCAUCCAGAACGAUGAGCCCACCCGACACAUCCAAUGGCACAGGAGAAAGAGAGGCCGGCGAAGCGGAUCCUUUGCUUCUGCUGAACGACAGCGCCGGCACGCCUGGUUUCCACUCUGACAUCACCAAGCACCUCGGAGUCCAAAUCACCCUGAUCAUGGCGUACUCCCUGAUCAUCCUGCUGGGGCUGCUGGGUAACUCCCUCGUGAUCUACAUGAUCGUCCGCUACCGAAAUAUGCGGACGGUGACCAACUUCUUCAUCGCUAACCUGGCCCUGGCGGACCUCCUGGUGAACACACUCUGCCUGCCCUUCACCCUGGUGUACACCCUGCUGGAUGAGUGGAAGUUCGGGGCCGUKCUGUGCCACAUGGUGCCCUUCGCUCAGGCCCUGAGCGUCCACGUGUCCAUCCUCACCCUGACCGUCAUCGCCCUGGAGCGCUACCGCUGCAUCGUCUUCCACCUGGGCCAGCGGCUGACGUGGCGCUCCAGCCUUCUCAUCAUGGCGUUCACUUGGACGGCGUCCGCUGUCCUGGCAACCCCUCUGGCCAUCUUCAGGGAGUACCGCAACGAGGAGAUCCCGUCGAUCAACCUGCGCAUCGCCGUGUGCUCUGAGAAGUGGCCCCACGGGACCAACAGGGAUGGCUUCAUCUACAGCCUGUCCAUGCUCCUGCUGCAGUACAUCGUCCCGUUGGCCAUCAUCAGCUACGCCUACAUCUGCAUCUGGGUCAAGCUAAAGAACCACGUCAGCCCAUCCAGCCGCAGCGACAGCAUCAACCGGCGCAAGAAGACCACCAAGAUGUUGGCGCUGGUCGUGGUGGUGUUCGCGACGUGCUGGCUGCCGUUUCAUGYGUUCCAGCUGGCCAGCGACCUGGACCUGGUGCUCAGGUUCAAGGAGUACAAACUCAUAUACACGCUGUUCCACAUCGUGGCCAUGUGCUCCACUUUCGCCAACCCUCUCCUGUAUGGCUGGAUGAAUAAAAACUACAGGAACGGGUUCCUGAUGGUCUUCCGCUGCGAGGACAAGCCUGACUCGUUCCAUCCGGAGGGCUCGUUCAGGACACGCUCCAUCCGGGGUCAGACUCUGAACGGUCGCAAUGGAGGACACCCUCCCACUGCUGUAUGAGACGCUUAAAAAGCCUGAAGAUUAUGAGCACAUUAGGCAUACCUCUGCUUUAAGGAGUGUGUGGGUUUUGAAGCAGCCUUUUGACUUGAACGGACUGACCUUUGGUAUCUUUGUCAUCAAAGACAGCCUAAAGGUUUGCAUGCUUAUUGCUUUAUGUAAGGCUUUUUGCUAAUUUGUAAAUGCAAAGUACCUGUUCAAAUAUGUAUUCAAAUGUUUGCUUAGGUGUCACUUAACUAGAAACUGUCAUUUUAAAGCAAAGUUCUCAUUGUCCAACAUCAUAGCUUACUUGCUSAAGUAGAAGUAACUGUGAGUGCUUUUUUCUUUUCUUUUCCUUCUUUGAAGACUGUUCAAAACAUUUUGGAUACCUGUCACCUAAUUAGUCCAAAUUCUGUCAUUUGGAAUAAUGACAAUGUUCUAGCGGAGUAACAUACAAUCCUUUUCCAAGAAACCCAAAGGGUGCAGUUGCUAAUUUGCUGUWUAAACAGGAAGUUAAUUGUCAUCUCCUGGCAACCAGCUGUUYCAGAUUUGUUGGACCAGCAGGUAUUCUGUGUCCAGAGGAAUGGGGCUGAAAAGGCAGUGAUCCGUACCACCGGAGGGCAACUCACUGUUGACAUCUUUGUUACAAUAACUCAUACGAGGWGAUGUGAAACGAAGAUGGACUUACGCUGCUGAUUAAGUGCUGAGGUCUUUGAUGAACACGGGGAUUUUAAUCAAACACAGGCCCAUCUGGGCACGGAUGUUGAAACUUAACCCACAAACCUCAUGUGCCCGUUAGGAGUAGUGAUGCUUUGUAACUUCAUGUCAAAUAAAGACAUCUUGGCUUG